UUCCAUACUUCCAACUUGAUUUCUUAAAGAAAUUCAAAAAAUCUACUAACGCGUUGGUCAGAAUUUGGUCAUCAACUUCACUUGAACCAUGCUUAUAUUAGUACUUUAUUCCCCAGAAUUUCGUUUAACUAGUUAAACGGUUUCCUUAACAAGUGUGACCUAUUUUCUCCUCUAUUUCUCUCGAAUCCCUUCUUCAUCGUGUUGAAAUUGGUCAAAAGAGUGAAAGGAUCCGAAGAUUUAUGUAGCCAAAAUGAUGGAUUUGUGAUAAGCGAAGCUUGUAACUGGUAAUUUUUGAGCUUGUUGGGCAAAUUUUAGGAGAAAGAGAAGGAUGUUGCUACUAUUUAUAGUGUUUAUUCUGGGAGCUGUAACGGUUAUUGCAGUGGAAGCUGUGGGCGUGGUGUUUUUGAUACGCUGGUUGAACCGUAGAGUUGCUCGUGAAGUGGAUAGAGCGAAACCGGACGGGUCGCUAUCGUCUACUGGGGAUUUCGAUUUCUCGUUGUACCUGAAGCAGGGGAUAGUCUGGGUUCUAGAAUCUGAAAGAAUACCAAAGGCUCUUCCUGUGGACAAAGCCGUGACGCAGCAAAAAAGCAAGAAGGAGAUCUUAGAGGUUACACCUACUCAGAAAUUUGCCCAAAUCAAGGAUCAUCAUCUCGUACUAACAGAGUCAGAUGGUUCCCAUGUAGAAAUUCCACUGAAAGGUUGCAUAAUAGCAGCUGUUUCAGCCUCAAGCUUGUCCACUAGAAAAUGGGCAAAAAGAUAUCCUAUCAAAAUAGAGUGCAGAGCAUCAACUUCAUAUGAAGGAAGUAGAAUACUGUACAUUUAUCUUGAGACAUGUUGGGAGAAAGAAGCAUGGUGCAAAUCCCUUCGUCUUGCUUCCUGCGAGGACCAAGUAAAACUUAUGUGGUUUGCCAAGUUGAAUAUAGAGUUUCAAAAUUACCUGACGUCAUUAAAUGCAGGUUAUCCUUCAUUUAUGAAACCGUAUUCAAGUGUUACUGCUGAUUUAGGUGAUAAAUCAAGUAAGUUUGAUGGUUCCUCAUCAAAAGUUCGGCAAUUCCUGAAAAAGCUUGGCAAGAAAGCUUCUAAGAGAAUUCCAGAAAAUAAAGGAAGCGGCAUUUCAACGUCAGAUCAUGAAGAAAGGAAGAUAAGUGAGAGAGCUCAAUCCGUACAAGACCUUGCUUUUGCUGGUGGAGGUGUCAAGUUGGCUCCAACACGAAAACCUCUUGAUUUUUCUACUAAGGACGUUGUAGUGCCUUCAUCUACAUCAACAUCUACUGGAUCAGGAAGCCGGAGUCAAAUGUCUGUUACUUCUGAUGCAGAUUCUGAUGAGAGAAUUUUUGGUGAUGAAGGAACUCUUUGUUGGAACUUGUUGAUAUCCCGUUUGUUUUUUGAUGCUAAAGGAAACGACCAGAUGAAAACCUCUUUGCAAGCUAGGAUUCAGAGAACGCUGUCAAAUAUACGAAUUCCUAGCUACAUAGGCGAAGUGACAUGUACUUCUGUUAAUAUUGGUAACCUUCCUCCCUAUAUACGUGCAAUGAGAGUUCUUCCCUCAGACAUGAAAGAGUUUUGGGCCUUCGAAAUUGAUCUUCAGUAUUCUGGUGAUGCAAUCUUGGAGGUCGAGACGAGGGUAGCAGUUCAGGACCUUGAUUUACCUGAAGGUGAUGAACCAGAAACAGAAUCCAGUGCUAUUCAUGAUGUGAAAUAUGAUUUACUAGAAGGGGUUGAGCAGUUUGGAAAACAAAAGCAUUCUGAAGUGAACGGUGAUAAGAUGGACCAAACCAAGGAAGAUGGGAUGAGAAGCUCCAAUAGCACACCAAAUGUGUUGCCUCAAGUUUCUAAGUGGAAGUCUAUCUUUAAUUCUGUUGCCAAGCAGGUCUCACAGGUAUCACUCUCUCUGGGGAUUAGGAUCGCAUCCAUUCAAGGAACUAUGAGGCUCUACAUAAAGCCACCACCUUCAGAUCAAAUAUGGUUCGGAUUCACAUCGAUGCCCGAUAUAGAUAUCCACUUGGACUCUUCCGUUGGGGAGCAUAAGAUCUCAAGUGGGCAUCUCUCUUUGUUCCUAAUCAAUCGGUUCAAGGGUGCUAUUCGUGAAACACUGGUACUUCCAAACUGUGAAAGUGUAUCCAUCCCAUUCAUGUUAGCGGAAAAGGAUGACUGGGUCCCCCGACAAGUUGCCCCAUUUUUAUGGCUGAAUCGAGAAGGUGCAGGAAAUAAUGCCAACAGACAAGAAGCAUCCAGCUCCCAACCUGCGGAUGCAACACGAGUCACUGAAGUUGAUAGGGGAGGUACCAAUGGUAAUGCUGAAAGCAAAACUGAAAUUCCAGGAAAAACAGGAUGGAGUACUCAACAAAGCAAGUCAUUGGAUCCACAUGCACUAUUAUCAGUUCCUACGCAUAGUCCAGACACAGGAAGCACCUCUAGCAAUGGUGGAAGCAAUCAAGGGAAGACUAAAAAAGUUGGAUGGUCUGCCCUGCAAAGCAAAUCACUGGAUCCACAUGCGUCCCUAUCAGUUCCUAUAGCACAACCUAGCACAAAUAACCAGCCUUCGGAAGAAUUGAGAGCACCGUUGUUGAAGCAUGAGGAACAGCAAGAGGUUCAUCUCAGAAGCACCGAGGAGAACAUAGAAGGCAAGUCACCUUCUCGACAACUGUUACUACUUGAUGAAAAAAAUCAAAUUACUGGAGAAGAUGAUUCAAAGUCUACAAGAUUAGGGAGAAGGGCUAGGAUGCUUGGUUUGGGGAAGAAAAUGGGGGAGAAACUGGAAGAGAGGGCACGUCACAUAGAAGAGAAGGGGAGAAAUUUAGUUGAGAGAAUGAGGGGACAACAGUGAAAUAAAGGAACAUUGUAAAUUUUAUAGUAUCACCAAUUCAUUUAUUUGCACAAGGCAAGUCCCCAGUGUA